CAAAAGUUGCAAAUGCUAAAGUUGUCGACAGCUUGUCGUCAAGUUGGUCGCAAACUAAUGAAUACCAACUUUUGUACGAGAAACCCUGGUUAUCAGGGUUGGUUCUAAUAAAUUUCUUCUGAAACGAAAGUUGCAAACACGCGCAUCAUAAAGGGAAGCAAAUGUCCAACAAUUUUUUAUCUUCUAUAAACAAAUUAGUGAUUAUUAAAUAAUUAUUUGAAGCACAAGAGAAAUUGCUGACUUUUGUUAUAAUGAGGGCGACAAUUUGUUGUCAUUUAAUCAAUUGUUGACUUAAAUUGAGCUAUAAUUCAACAAUUUUAUUUGUGCUGCUUAGAUACAAGUUAAACUAUGGAGAAUCUUGAAAAAACUAAAGAACUGGAGCGAGAUUUAUUUAUUGCAAUCGAUAAGGGAAACCUAGCGGAAAUUGAGAGUAUCAUCAAUUCUUUGGAGUUGCCGAGUAAUACAGAAUGGUUAUUCGGAUAUUAUUUACUCUGUGUUGCUUUGGAAACUAAACAAUAUGAUGUAGCUAAUCUUUUAUUGAGUAAAAAUGUUCCAGUGAACAACGUCUACGAAAAGUAUAGAAGCGCGCCGCUCCAUUGGGCAAUUAGGUCUUACAAUCCUGAACUUGUUAAAACAAUGCUGGAUAAAGGAGCUGAUAUUAAUGGAGGAAAUCUGCGUUGCUUGAUUGCAUUUCAUAUUGCGGAUGUGGAGAAUAAUAAAAAAAUUCUCGAAUUACUAAUAGACCACGUGUCGGAUAACAAUAUUAUUGGAACAAAUUACCUGGGGCUACUUGGUAAUUUGCUCGAUAAUGGCUAUAGUGAAUUGGCAGAAAAACUUUUGAAAAAGUGUAGUAAGAUUGAUAUUACCGAGGGAAUGAGUACUUUUAACUUAUUAUGCAAAUCCGUUAGAGACAAGUAUUAUGGUGUUGUUGAAAUACUCAUUAAACGAGGAAUAGAUGUUAAUUUCAUCGAUUACACAUGCUACAACUCACAGACUGCAUUGUAUAUUGCUUGUAAAAAUGAGGAUCUGAAAAUGGUAAAACUCUUACUUAACAAUGGAGCUAGUGUGAAUAUUAAGAGUGGAGUAUACAAAGAUAAAAUAGGGUAUACAGACUUUGAUACUAUUAGGACUGAUUUUUUGUAUCCUAUUCACAUCGCUAUACAAAAGUGCAACUAUGAAAUAAUUUUAUUGCUUCUCGAUCAUGGCGCUGAUCUAAGUAAAGGCUACGACUACUCGGAUAGUCAUGGAAAUUCAACAAUGCAUUUAGCUUGUUACGAAAGUUCAUUAGAAAUAGUUAAAUUACUUAUUAGUAGAGGUGGUGAUAUUUGUCUUCAAGAUGAAAACGGUGAUCUUCCAAUCUUAGAAGUUGUUAGUGGUGGAAAUAAAGAUAUUUUUGAAUAUCUUAUUAAAAAUAAAAACUAUAAUUUAUUCGACUACAAAAAUCUUAAAUAUAUUCUUUACGGCAUUACAGAAUGGGAAGACAGUGAAGCGAUCGAAUGGGUUAUCCAGUAUAUUAGAGAACUAGGCCCAACAUCGUCGUUAAAGUACGAAAUAGAUAGAAAUUUGUUUGCUGAUAGAUCAGAGAGUCCAUUACUGCACUCUGUUGCAGCGAGUGAAACUACAGCAUGGCAUCUGGAGAAUCUUAUUGAAUAUGGCGCCGACGUUAACUUUGUAAAUAGCCAGGGAAGAACGCCACUUCAUGGUGCAUUUAAAUACAGGAAAUUGCCAACUAUCAUAGAUUUACUUAAAUAUGGUGCAGAUAUAAAUAGUAAAUGUGACGAUGGUUAUACGCCGCUUGAUUAUGUGUUGAAAAAUCAACUAUUGGAAAAUCGGAAAACAGAAAAUGCAGACAUAUUAUUUGUGGACGACAUGGAUACCGCUGAGGAUAUUAUUGAAUAUACAACCGAACAUAUUUUGAAGUUGAGAUGUCUCAAUUUAUAUCUGAGUGACGAAAAAUAUAAUGAUUUGAUAAAUAAUUUUGCUGAUCCAGAUCGAUUAAAAAAAAUAUAUAACAAAGAAAUGGAAAGUAUGAAGCGUGAGAUAAUUAGCGAUGGUGUUACGUACUAUAAUUUCGUAACUGCUAAUUUAUUCACGUCGCUCACGUAUUUGGAGAACAACUCGAUUUUUGAGAUUCUCAAAUCUAAAAGUUAUUCAGCAAAGUUUCCGGAGUAUGAAAAUAUUAUUAAAGGUUGCUUUUGGAGAGGCCUUGCCAGGAAAAAGCUCAUCGACGAAAUUUCCGAGUAUCCUGACUUCAAAGCGAUCUUUGGAUUACCAUAUCCAUGCAUGAGGAAUGUUUUUAGUUACUUUAGCAACGGUGAUUUAAAAAAUUAUUUACUCAAAGUACAAUUUUUGAACCAAACAUGAAGAAACAUUAAAUUAUUAAAUUUAUAAAGACUUAUGUCGUGUUGAAUUAAUGUAAUUGAUUCAUUUUCCAUUUUACUAUUCAUUGAUUAUUUUCUCAUUCAUUUUUCCAUGUAUAAAAUAAAA